AUCUCGAUGAACCCCAAUUCACUUUCCAGAGUUUGUUUCUCCAUCUUUCCACUCAUCCCAUCCAUCACGCUGUCAUCCUCAUCCCCUUCAUUUAAAGAGCGAUCCCGCUAGUGCUCGCCUACACCAAGUCAUUCGAAAUACUGGGACAAGAAUCCGCUCCCGUAAAUACCUCUCCCGUAGAUUGGUAACACCUGUCAACAACAACCAUCCAGCUCACUACAGAGCACUGGACCUCCCAUUACAACGCGCGUGAUUGCUGGAGCGACCACAAUCAGACACUCAUAGCUACACCCCUUCUACGCAAGCCGCAAUAUGCUCAAGCGGGAAUCCAAGAGCAAGGCACCCGUGCCACAACGCAUGGUCAGUGACGAUCUCAGUUCUCUUGCACCUACCGAUGAGUCAGAAAUGCUAGACCAGAGGGCGGCACAGCGCUCGAGUGGCGCGCAAUUGGCCAGGGACGACAGCAUCUCUGCGCCGCUUACAAGCAAACAGGGCGCAUCCGGUCGUCGUGCGUCGGCAAGACCCAGAGCGGGCCGUAAGGGCUCCAUCACUCGCAAGGGCCCCACCAGUAGAGCGGGUCCAGCGGCGACCAAACGCAAAGGUGGACUCUUCGGUAGACUCAAGUCGAUGCGAAGGAAGGAGGGCGAAGAGGUGGACCCAGAAUCCGCAGAGGAGAUCUUCUCCGAGUCCGAUGAAGCGACAGAGGUUCCAGGUGCAAAGGGUGCAGCUCAGCCCUCCUACCCCUCUCCUCGCGAGACGCUAGGCAUCAGCGCUUUCCAGCAAACGAGAGCUAGCACGUCUCCUUCGGCUGUCACUGGUCCUUUUACAAACGAAGACGAUCUCGAGAGCACUAUGUCGCCUCUGCGAGCGGUUGCUAGCCCAAACGGUGCGUCCAAAGGAAAAGAAGCCAUGCGUCUCAAGGAGCCCGGCGUCGCAAAGCAACCAGAUCUGGUUGACAAGCCAAAAGGCAGAAAGGCCAACCCUAAGCGAUACUCGAUUGCCCAGAGUGUUGAGGCUUCGCUCGUAGGACCAUCUUGGAGCGUCGCAGAUAGGGGCCAAGUUCAGGACGAGGACGAGGACGAUGAAGAUGGGGAUGAGUUUGACGAAGAUGAAGAGGAUGAUGAGGAGGAUGACGGUCUCGAGGAAGAGAACUACCGAACAGACGAUGAAAGUCGAUACACGCCUUCCUACUGGCUUCAGGAUGAUGCCGGACCCCCAAUGGUGGAAGGGUCGGUCACCAGCGAUUGGAGCCGGGUGCGCCGAGCUUACGAAGAGGACUACGACACCAAUACUGUCACCACUCAAGCACCCAGCAACGCCGGCAAACAACGUCCCGUGUCUGAAAGCAAAGGCAAGAAGAAGAAGAAGCAAUCUGGCUCCUUCUAUGCCGUCGAAGUUGCAGGUGUUGGGAGCAAGCGCCGAAGCAGAAAGGUGUCAGGGGACAAUGAUGACGACGAUGACGAUGAAGCAGCCCACUCCGUCGUCAACCGCUUGCUUGCAAAGCUGGAAGCAGAUGGUGCGGAAGACGACAAUGAUGUGGAUCUUGCCGCCGCACCGAUCUCUGCACCGGUAACCUCAAACUCUCGCAAGGUCAAUGGUGAUGCCCGCAAAGGUCGCGGAGCUCAAGGUACAUCGCUCUUUAUGCCGGCUAUAGCGCCCUCGGUAGUCUAUGGUGGAGGCGACGAGACUUUGAUCAUGCCCGACGACUCAGUCUCUAUUCGAGCUGCAAGGCGAUUCCAGCAACAGCAAGAACCUGGAGCGCCUCAACUCACCGACCCACGAUCCGCUUCUGGACGACAGCCUAUGACAAAGCCUCAAUCUGCGCAAGAGCUGGCAGCUGCCUUUGCCGCCCUUGAACCUGCCUUCAUCGAUGACGAAGAAGAGGACGACGAGAUCGAGUAUGAGCAGGCAAGGCCAAGGGCAGUAGGCGCAGUCAUGCCUUCCUAUGACGAUCAAAGCGCUGAUGACAAGGACGACUACACGGAAUACGACAAUGAGGUCUACGAUGACGACGGCUUCACAGAGUCUUAUCCACCCGCUUCUCCUCAAUCCUUCCGUUCGCCACGAUCACCAAAGCGCUCAAGGCAGCACUCGAGACAGGUCUCUGGGGUCACCAGCAGCAGCUUCUCCUCCGAGGCUAGGAGCGCAAAGAGGGUCAGCAACAGGCGAAGGAAGGCUGACCGCGGUCGAAACGAGCUCGGUCGAGAGACUUGGUUGAUGGAAUCCGCACUGACACCAGAGCAACUCCACUACCUCGUCAAGGCAAUGGUUGGCGUCGAGCUAGAGUGGGAAAUGCAAAGAACCUUUGUAUUUGACCCGAGUCGUUCCUCGAGCGCCUACUACAACCACCGUCAGCCACCUUCAAGGGGGCGAGAAUAUGCGGUCUUUAGAAACCGUGAGCUGUCCAGAGAGGAUCUGCCACAGCUGCCUCUCGUGCGCUUCCUCUACGACACUGCCUUUGUCAUGCUGCCUAUCUUUGGUGGUGGGCAGACUCCUUAUCCUAAGAGGAAAGCUCAUGCGGACGCCUUCUGGAAGCGCGCCGUCUCGCCGAUGCUCCGCUUGCUGCAGAGCCGCUCCCUCAGCAAGAGAGUCGACCGAUAUGGUGAGGGCGAUGGCGGACCCUUCAGCGCACAGUCGACGUUGGACGUUCUUUCGAGAUCGCUGCGGCAGAUCGCCGUACGCUACAUCACCGCAACUAUCCAAGUUGGAGAGGGUGACGUCAAGGAGACUUGGCCAUGGCCCUCGGCCAACAUGAUGCGCCUGCCUGCUUUCACGCCCUAUCGAAUCCCGCUUGAGAGGCAGAGUCGGGGAGCGUACGAAGUAGACGUGGUAUUUGUGCGAGCCCAAGGAGCUCAGACCGGAUACAUCAUGACAGUGAGGAAGAACAAUGGGCAGCCUCAUCACUACGUCAUGCGCACCGAAGCGCAAUUCAGAGACUUUGCAAAGGCGAUCAGCGCCGCUCUACCCAAGGCCUGCAUCAAGCAGCCUCCCGCGAUGGAGAUGGCUCAGAUGCCUGGUCACUUCAGGGAGUUGAUCAGAACUGUUGACCAAGCCACUGUCAAUGGAUCCUCGCCUGACUUGCCUGCGCCUGUUGCGAGCCAGCUACAAAAGCUUGGAGGCGGCUCUACUGCAGAGCUCGGUAAGCGAAGCUCCAAGGCGGAUCUCAAGGCCGCGAAGGCUGCGAACGCAGCCAAGCAAGACGAGGCUUCCCAGUCUACUCCGAAGCUCGGUCGUAUCGCAGCACUCAAGGCAGAGCUGCGACGCGAGAUUCGCCAAGAGCUGAAUCGCGCCAAGGGCAUCCCCAAUGAGGAGCCUGCCGAUGGCACCCGCAACGGGAGUGAUGCGAAUGGCAGGCCAAGCAAUGGAGGUGAGCGCAGACCAUCCAUCUCUGACAGCCGCGCCAGCUUUGCUAUGUCUUCUUCCACUAGCCCUGGUAUCUACGACAAUAGCCCGCCGGCCAACGACUCUCGGGCCACUCUCGUCGAUCCACCGGCCUACACCAGCUCGCGAAACACCUUGGGUGGUUUCUUCGGCAAGCGCAAAGACGAUGGAAUCAAUUACGAAGCUCGUCGUCUACAGCUGCGAGAUUGGCUGAGGGAUGCUCUGUCCGCUCGGGGCGUUGGCCAUCACACCGAGACUCAGGCCUUCCUUGGGGGCAAGACGGCCUUUACCGAUCGUGACAUCAAGAAGAGCACGAAAGACACUAUGGAGGCUAACAGACGCGCUGACGAAGACAGCUCAAUUCAAAGGCAAGAGGUUGCCAAUCAAGCAGGUGAAGAGGUGCUGGAUCUACGCGAUAUGCUCGAAGAAAUGUGGGAAGACUGCAAAUUCUCUGAUGGGUUCCUGCAGGCCAAGGAAGUCUUCGAAGAGGCAGACUCCUUCGCGUCACUGCCAGAGGACUACCAGGGAGUCGUCUCUUACCUUCACUUGAAGGCCGCUAGGACCUUGGACGGCAUCUUCAUCACCGGCUCGCAUUCUGCCGCCAACUUCAGAAGAGCAAAAGCUGGGUUCAAGAGUGUCCCUUGGAAGCUUUUGAUGGUUGUCAUGAGCGAGCCUACUGGUAUGAUGGUCAACGACCUCAAGCGUAUCCUCACUCACCCAAGCUUCGUCACCCGCAUGACGAGUGCAGUGAUGGACGACGACCCUAGACGAGUCGAAGAGGGCCUUGCAGAGCUGAAGAGGCGACUGCCAUCGGAUUAUUUGCGCAAGCUAAGGAAGUUCGUAGAGUCAACACCAGACGACGUCAAGAGGGUCAUUCGAGACCAAGCUGAGAAGGCCGGUAUCCCGCUUGUUUCUGCCAUCCUGAGAGGCAACGACGCGCCGCUGUUGCAGGGUCGACACCUGCAAGUCAUCGUGGGAGCCACCAAGAUGUACCAAGCUCUCAUUGACUCUGAGCCCACAAUGCUCGAUAUUGAGAUGGCAGCUCGCAAGAGCCGCGAGAUCGGGUUGAUCCGCGAUUUGCAACACGCUCUCCGACUCUACAGUGCUCGACGAGAUGGCCAGCAUCUUCGAGAUAUCAUCCGGUCUUCGGCAUUCCGCGCCUCCUUUGCGACCUUUGUGCAGCCUAUUCUGGACUACGUUGCCAAGCUGCACCACCGCGGACGACCACUCAAGGAAGCCAUCCGCACUCUGCGACUCAGGACCGAGUCCCUACUGGAGCUGAUCGAGGCUCUGCGCAGUCGAGUGCAGGAUCCUGCAAGGAACAUCGAUGCUCUGACUACCUUCUUCGACUCUCAUGCGCACGAUACUGUCGGCAUCAUUUCUGCCCUCACUCCUCUGUUCCCCUGGCUACACAUCCUCGCCCACACCGUCGGUGAUGGCUCUGAUGAUCUGGCGCGCGAGUGGCCACUGCCAACUGGCAUGUCUGGCUCUCUGUACCCGCUAGAAGGAGGUGCUCUGAACAAUCUCAAGAAUAUCGCAGAGGCAGCCUGGCUCAAGCGAAUUAGACAGAUGGAAGUCUGCAGUCGAUGGAUUGCGGGAGAUAUUGAGGCUGAUCAGGACAUUCAAGUGCUAGGUGGGGAAGGAGAGCAGUCUAGGACCAGGCAGAUCUUGCCGGAGGAGCCACUGCAGCAGAGGCUUGACAGGAGAGCCUUCAAGCCCUUCAUUAGUGGAUUCAGGGAGGCUCUGUCCGCUGUCUUGGAGAGCCGUUGAUCAUGAGAGCCCUAUGUUGGACGCGAGGCGUGGCCUUAUACCCGUUCAGACCUUGUGUCUGUACUCCUUUUCUUUUCUUUUUGUUUCGGUACGCUUUCCUUUGCUGUUCUUGCCUUUCUCCAUAUUUCUGUUGCAGUACGGAGCCUUAUUCUCCCUGCUAUAUAUCUGUCGUUACCUUUUUUCAAUUUAUGAUUACAAUCGAUAUUUAUUCCUAU